ACACCAAAAAAUCCCACUUAAAACGGUGUCGCGGGAACGUUGAAUAAUUAUUUUUUUGGACGCACUGCUCUUCAUUAUUUUUUUAUUAUUCUCCUUCGAUCCGUUUGCUGGAAUCUGAACAUCGAAAAUCCAAAAAAUUGAAAUCGCAGACACCUGAAGGAAGUAGAAGAAGAAGACGACAAGAUGUGGAGACGCGUGGCAUCACUUUCUUCGACGAUUUCUUCAUCUUCCCGAUCCCUUUCGCGUAACCAGGCAGCUUUUGGGCUCAGCAUUCGAGAAUCAUAUGCAACGGAGAUUAGCAAACCGGGAGAAGAAGGUGUUUUACGGCCGAAAGAGAAAGCUCCGUUCAUUACAUUUGUACUUGGAGGACCUGGAAGUGGGAAAGGAACGCAAUGUGAAAAGAUUGUUGAGACCUUUGGAUUGACACAUCUCAGUGCUGGUGAUUUGCUUAGGAGAGAAAUCGCUAUGCACACUCAAAACGGGGCUAUGAUUCUAAACUUGAUUAAAGAUGGCAAAAUUGUUCCCUCUGAAGUUACAGUCAAACUAUUACAGAAGGAGCUGGAGUCGAGUAACAGUUCCAAGUUUCUCAUUGAUGGCUUUCCACGAACCGAGGAGAAUCGUGUUGCUUUUGAGCGCAUUGUAGGAGCCGACCCGGAUGUAGUGCUGUUCUUCGAUUGCCCCGAGGAAGAGAUGGUGAAACGAGUCUUGAAUCGUAACCAGGGCAGAGUUGAUGAUAACAUAACUACAAUGAAGAAGCGUCUGAAAAUCUUUGAGGCCUUAAAUCGUCCUGUUAUCGACUACUACAAAAACAAAGGAAAACUCUACACUAUUAAUGCAAUAGGAACAGUAGAUGACAUAUUCAAACAAGUUCUACCUAUUUUCACUCCAUUUGAGGAGCAAUUGAAGCAGAGUCGCCAUGUAAAUCCAAAGUCUCCUUUGGUAGAAAACUCUUCUUAACAAAAAGUUAAAUCAGUCUCUGAAAUUUAUUCAUUACUUAUUGAAUUUUGAUACGCUUUGCAUCCUUUUGUUUGUAUUAUCUUAUCAUAACUCAAAAAGGAAAAAAAAAAACAAUGUAACUUUUAAUAUUUAUUACUAAUAUUUCACAUUAAGCUUUGCUUC